AGUGCACGCUAGAAGGUUCUCCAAAGGAGGAGAAAGAUGCAGCGGUCUACAAUGGGUGCCUGGUGGUGCCUUUUUCUUUGUCCCCUUCUACUCACUUGCUGUGCAAGUGACAUCAAAUGCACCAAGAGUCAGAACGGUGACAAGACGGUAUGCAGCAUCGCAGAGGAAAGUCGUGUCUCAAAUUCUUCCGUCUGCGUGUUCUCGUGGAUAUACGCAGAUGAUGGAAAUAUUGUGCUUGCAAACGAGAAGCAGAAAAACCCAGAGCUGGUUGAAAGCUACAGCAUCAACGACCUCGUCACCUCCAAACUACUGAACAUCGUUGCCUUCUCACGUCACUGCCCAUCAGAGACACCAGUUGAGGUCAACUGCACUGAAACCUCCCUUGGGCCUGAGAAACAUGAAGGACUGACAGACCCAACAGACCCGCCUUCUGCUAACCUUACUGGAUCAGCUGAGGGAAAAGCAGAUUCCAACAGCAAGCACGUGGUCCCUGUUACUGUUACUGUCAUUCUUAUCCUGGUGGCGCUGGUGGUGGGGGUGAUCAUUGGUGUCUUCAACAGAGAUAAGAUUCUCAGGUCACGCUGCUGGAGCCAGAUCAGAGGCAUUUGGACUCCUGUGAAACAGGCCGAUGAUUCACAGGUGGCGUGGAAUGUGGAGGCGGGGAUCAAGUAGAAAGACGCUCUUCUUGAACCCUUUCUACGCGACUAGAGUAGUUUGCUAAAAACAAUAUCCUAAAGAACGCUUCGGUCUACUUCAGCAUUAUGAAAUACUCUUUCUUAAAACGUCGUUCAUGCUUUUAAUUGUGUUUCCCUACAUUAUUUUUAACUGCAGUGUGCUCUUAGUACUGUAUUUCUGCUGCACCACUGUUUAAUUAGUUCAAUUAUUUAAAAUUGUUAUGCAUUAAUGUCACAGUUAAAAUUGUGUUACUGUAAACUAAAGGAUUGGGUUAGCAACUUAAACUAUUAAAGCAGUUUACCAGCAAGAGAAAGUUAUAGGGAAACACUUUUAUUAUAUAUUUAUUGCAUAUAUUAUAUGAACCUGUACACUUUUUACAAAUGAUCCUUGAAUGUAAUCAGUUCAGGACAAUCGUGUACAUUAAUGUGAUUUGGGAAGCUAUAUAUAGUGGACUCUAACAAAGACUUUUUUUCUUUUUUUGG